CGGGCCGCACCAGAAACAGAAAAAAUGUAUAAACAAAACGCGAAAAGCCAGAAGAAAAAGUGUGAGUAUCGCCAACGCCGGUGACAAUCGCAAGUGCAGGGCUCUCUCCGUCUCAUGUCUCAUGUCUCACGUCGCAAGCUCUCCUGCUCACACUCACCCAAAGUUUGCCCAGGCGGAGAAGCAAACUCGGCGGCAUUCUCAGUCAAACAACAAACGCAACUGAAGUAACAACGAGUCCGUACCGCGUACCGUACCGCCCCCAAAAACAAAAGUGAAAUUCUACCAGUCGCCCGGGUAUUUGCCAAAUCCACCCAGGAAUAUCGCGCUGUCUUUAGUUAGAAAUCACCUGAAUUCAAACGAAACCACCUGAAUUCAAACGAAAAUCACCCCGAAAGUUAUGGUAUUUGAUUUCGAGGCCAGUCGCGUGGAGUGCAGUGCUUAAUGUUCCAGCUGCGCAGAGAGGUGAGCGAGAGGUUCGGAGUCUGGGUGCAGCGCCUCCUCGUCGUCGUCCUGCACCUCUGGCACCGCGGCAGCAUGUCCUUCGUCCACGGUCGCAAGGAGGCGUUCAAGUGGAUUAAACGCCGGCUGGCCAGGAGACGAUGUCACGCUGACACGAACAUCGAGGCAGGGCGAGCAGAAGCAGCUGUUUCUGGUUCAGGAGCAGGAGCGGAAUUAGCCGAGAUCUUGGUGCCGAAUGACACGCAAAUCGAUGUUCGAGUUGGGGGAAAUGCAGGAGGGCCGAUCCCGAGCCUAGAGUCCCCCGACAUGACCACCGACAUGGACAUGAAGGAGGCCAGGGCAGCGCCCAUAGCUCGCGAUGAGGAGGAUCCGGAGGCGGAGGAUCCGGAGGAGGACCCUCAGGAGGUGGAGCAGCUGUCCGCGAAUGCUAAUUAUGUGUGCUGUCGAUACCCGGGAACAAGCUCUGCCGCGGCAGCAACUUUGAACCGCAGCAAAUCGCGGGUUCAAAAGUACCUCAAGAAGUGCAAACAGCGGCUAACGGGUCAACCCAAGAUGGCAAUUGGCAGCACCACCACCACAACCACCAUAACCCUGAUCAGGAACGAGCCAGCACCCACGGCAAUCGAGGAGAGGGAAUCCGAGGAGGAGCUGGCGGAGGAGGAGGAGGAGGACGAGGAGGAGAACCUGGCGGAGGGCAGUACCGGGUCCUAUACGGAUGCCCUGCCCAUCGAUUGCAGUCUGAGUCCCAGCAUUGCCGAGGAACAACAGCAGGCGGUCGACGAGCUGGAGCCGCCGAAGGAGGAAGUCCCAAUGGAGACAGAGACGAGUCCCGAUGGCAGUGGAAGUGGAAGUGGUAGUGGCAUCCCGAUACCCCGACGACUUGCCGCCGAGGUGGACGCCACGCUGGCCCGGCUGAUUGACAGCCAUCUGUCGCACAUUUAUCCCGUCUACUGGGCACGCACUCGUGCGAUUUUAAUCCAGCAGGCACGUGAGCGACUCGUGUGCGGAUUCGACGGCAGCUUGGCCCGCUUCGAACAGCGAUUCCUAUGCAAAUUUGCGCAAAUUGCCACGACUCUGCGCACGGCCCACCAAAUUGGCGAGUCCUGGUUAUGGCAUCCCGGCUGGCCGCUGGCAACAUCCAAUGGAGCUCUGGUCUUGCAGCUGAGCGACGCUGAGAUCGCGCACGCACUUCGCCCGGCGGAGCUGUAUCUCUGCAUCAAAUUGGAAUCUUCUGCAGAAGGCGACGCGGACUGCACACCGCGGCUCUAUGCUGUUUGGCGCUCGUCCCGCACGGAGGAGAGCGUCCAGAGCCACUGCAUCGACCACGAGAAUCCCGGCCAGCUGCCCUUGAGCGUGCUCCAGCUGGAAAUGUCCACGGCGGCGGCACUAAUGGCGGCGGACGGCGGCGAAUUGCCGCAACUGCUGCAGAAUCUGCUGGUGAGCGUGGAGCGGAGCAUCGAGCGGGUCUCGCUGAACGAGCUGCAGAUGCCGAUGCACCAUGGCGCCGGCGAGGAUCUGCUGGAUGAGGCCAACAAUAAUGGCUGCAACAACCUGGUGGGAUCACCAAAGUGCGCAUUGCGACGCAGCGAUUUGAUUACCAAAAACAAACUGUUCAACAGCCGCUACAUGCUGCGGCGCCUCACAAAUCGGCAGGACAGCAUGAACUCCACCUCGUCGGGCAAUAGUAAUGUGAGCGACAGGAGCAGCAGCUCCAGUUCCAGCUCGAAUUCGAGUGCCGGCGAGGAGCUGUUGACCAGCAGCGCGGAGGCGAAAAAGAGGAGCAACUGUGGUGGCAAUGAGGCGAGUGGGGCAUCCACAUCGCCGGCACUGCCGCUUUUCUGCCUGGGAAACUCAUUUCCGCACAUCGACAGUGACGAGGAGCCGAGCGAUAGCGUUGGACCUGGGAAACACCACAGUCUGGAGACCUGCGAGACAGAGCUAUUACCGCCCAGCUCGAUUGGCGAGCUGCCUGAGAAACUGCUGACCAGCGGCGUCUACCUACCAGGCACACGCACCCUCCAAGGCGACCCACUUGUGAGCGUAGACGCGGCCUGUGUGGCGUCCGCCGGCCUCAAUUGCUACGAGCUGGCCACGCUGCUCCUCUACUACAGCACAAUUCCCGAGCGCAGCUCCUGCCCCUUUGCCACCCCGACAUCACCCGGAACGACAGCAACAAUCAAUGGCCAUAAAAGCGCUGAGCAACUGCAGCAGCAGCAGCAGCAACAGCAACAGCUGAAACAACAACCCGCCCAACAGACAUUUACCAUUUUAAUUGCCAUCGAGAAGUCUCAACAUUUAUGCGUAAUCGACUUAAUUUGCCAAAGUCUCAGACUCUUAGCCAAGCAAAUUGGCAAUUGUGAAAUUUUGGCCGUUUGUCCCGAUUCCAGUCUACUGCAAUUGUGCAACGAGCAGCAGCAACAGAAGCAGCAGCAGCAGAACAAUAACAGUGAUCACCCGCAGGAGCCGUCGUCGUCUUUGGCAGCGGAUUUGGUUAAAUUCAUUAGCGUGGACCAAGUCACGACAAGUGUUGCGCCAUCGCAGCUGCCCGCUGGAUUGCUGCCCUCCGUGCCCGCCCUGGCCACUCUGGCCGGGAUUAACCAGCGGCAUCACGAUGCGGCCAAGUGGCGGGAGUUUUUCGCCCAACUGGAGGCCUUCCAGCGCCAAUGCUCGACGGCCGGCGGUCGGUUGGUAAGUGCCCUCAGCGAAAUACGCGCCGCCGAUCUUCAGGGAUUGCCCACGCGCCGCCAGCUUUAUGGCCAACAUCGCGCCCUCAGUCGUGCGCUGAUGGAUUCGCAGCUCCACAGUCUGCGCAAGAUGGGAGCCGGCCAGUUGGCCCGGCUUCAGGAUUUGGCCAGGGCCAUCACCUCUGCCCCCGCCUCGCCGCGGAUGACGUCACAGCCCCAAUCGCCAUCUUCAGGGGCAUUCCUCAACGUGGAUGCCGCCUGCAAGCUGCGCAAGGUGACGCUCCUCUUCAACGAAGUCGACCGGGCGGCCCAGCGAUUGGAGCAGCUGACGGAGCAGCGCAGGGAGCGGCUCAGGCAACUGACUCGGCAACGGGCUCUCGAGGAUGAGAUCAGUGAGGUCACCUCAUGGCUGGGCAGCGAUGGAGCGGAGAAUCUGCAAAAGUUUUCCCAGUUGCAAUGGGACAACGAGUCGCAGUUGAGGACCCAGGAGCAGGAGUUUGAGAAGUACUACUUUAUAGCGAUGAAACACCUGGCCAAAGGACGCGAUCUACAUGCCGCUGCCCUGAAAGUUUCUGUUCUGAGUGAGAGUGCCAAUAAUCUGAAGUCUGCCCUGGAUCAGUUUGCCCAGAAACUGGAGUUGGCCCACGAGCGAUUUGAGAGCGCCGCCCGUCUGCUGCACUUGCUCACCCAACAUCAGCGGGAGACAGCGGCCAGGGAGGAGCUGCAGCGUUUGGCGGAGCAACUGGGCGCCACCUCGUUGCUGGAGAAGCACUGGCCGGCGAUGAGGAAGAGUCACUCCCUGCCAGUGGCCAGCAGCACCCCAGCUCCGGGUCCCGGAAAACGGGUUAGCUAUCGCUGCAGCUCGGCCAGUGGCAGCUCCUUUGAGGGCGGUCCUUCGAGCAGCAGUUGCAGUUGCUGGCGGGAGAGUCGCAAUCUGGAGGACAUGGACCAAAUGGAGGAGGAGGAGGAGCGGGACAACGACUGCGGCGAUGGAGAGGAGCAGCAGUCCAAGAUCGCCGACUCUGGAGUGGGCGUUUGCGAUAAUUGCGAACGCAAUCCGAAGCUGGCCAGGAUCUGCUCCUGCCAGAGCCUCAACGAGAAGAGUCACGACGAGCUGCUCGAGGACGAGUGCUUCGAUCGACCCUCGAAGAGGUACAUGGACAUGCACUCGCCCAUGGAGGCGAAUGCCCAUUUGCAGUGCCAUGGCUCCAAUCUGGAGCUGCCCAAGCUGGAGGAGCUCAGCUGCCUGGAUCCCAAGAUACAAAAAACGCUUCUAUUGAUCAUGCGCGAGAUGAUUGGUACCGAACGCGACUACGUGCGCUCCCUGUACUACGUGAUCGAGAACUACAUAGACGAGCUGCUGCGCGAGGAUAUCCCACAACCUCUGAGGGGCCAGCGAAAUGUGAUCUUCGGCAACAUCGAGAAGAUCUUCGAGUUCCACAACUCGCACUUCCUGGGCGAACUGGAGCGGUACGAGCGGAAUCCCCUGAAAGUGGGAGCAGCCUUCCUGGAGAUGGAGUCAAAGUUCUACCUUUAUGCGCUCUACAAUAAGAACAAGCCCAAGAGCGAUACUUUGCUGAGCGAGUAUGGUAGCUCCUUCUUCAAACCGAAACAAAUGCAACUGCAGGAUAAACUGGACCUGGCCUCGUAUCUGCUGAAGCCAGUGCAAAGGAUGGGCAAAUAUGCGCUGCUCCUGCAGCAAUUGGUCAAGGCCUGCAAAGGAGUCGAAGGAUCUGCGCUCCAGGAAAUUGGUGUGGAUGUGGAGGAGCUGCAGCGAGCGGAGGAGAUGGUCAAGUUCCAGCUGCGUCAUGGAAAUGAUCUGCUGGCCAUGGACUCACUGCGCGAUUGCGAUGUCAAUGUCAAGGAACAGGGACGACUGCUGCGCCAGAAUGAGUUCCUCGUUUGGCAAGGACGCGGUGGCAAGAAGACCCUGCGACAGGUGUUCCUCUUCGAGGAACUGGUCCUUUUCAGCAAGGCACGUCGCUUUCCCGAUCAUAAGAAUCUGGACAUCUACAUCUACAAAAACAGCAUAAAAACUUCAGAUAUUGGCCUGACAGCGCACACCGGCGAUUCGGCCACUAAAUUCGAGAUUUGGUUCCGAAAACGAAAGCCAGAUGACACAUGGAUGCUGCAGUGCAUGUCGGAGGACAUAAAGAAUGCCUGGACCGAGGAGAUCUCCAAGCUGCUCUGGAAGCAGGCGAAACGAAACAGAGAAGUUCGUCUGGCGGAGAUGUCCUCGAUGGGCAUUGGCAGCAAACCCUGUCUGGACAUUCGGCCCAGCAACAACCAGAUCAGCGAUCGCUCCAUUCCACUGGCGCAGUUGAACAAGACACCCAAGCUACGUCACUCGGAGCCAGGAAAAGGCAGCAUGCGGCGGCCCAACUCGCUGAUCUCGGAGAGCUCUCUGUCCAGCGGCACCAGCACCACCAGUGGCUCCUCCAUCAGCGGAGGCUCCUCGUCGGGUCACCAUGACGGCGGUGGCAGGCAUAGUCUGCAUUUUGGCAAGCUACCGGGACCACACAGCACCAGUUCCACCAACUGCAGUGCCACCCUGGAGCUGAUCAAUGAAACACAGGCGCUGAAGCUGGGCAAAUCCCACAGUGGCGGAGGAAUCAAGGGGCAGGAAACGGCUGCCGAGGGAGGCAGCAGUUCCGGAAGCGGCAACGGAAACGGAAACGGACUCGGGAGCAGCAAACGACACCACAAACGAUCGACCACCAUCGUCAGCCAGCUGUCCAUGGAGAGCGGCAUAGUCUCCGACAUGUGCGUCAGCCCGGAUCAGGAGCCAUCGCCGGCGGAGAGCAGCCGCAGCAGCUGGUCCACGUCCACCACAACGGCGUCCGGAGCCUCAACGACCAGUGCGUCCACGGUGAUACUGCGGCGAUAUCGAUCCUACGCCCAUGCGGCGGAAUCGGCAAGUCCGGACAGCGGCAAAUAGGAGCUCCUGGAGCAUCGAAUCUAGAUAUAUAUAUAUAGGAAUCCCCAUUUAUAGCUUUAGCAGAACGGUUUCAUCGGAUCCAGAUGGUAUCAUCGCGAUCGAUCGCUAAUAUUAUUUCAUUAUUUUUGUUAUUUAUUAUUUAUUACAUUUUUAGUUUUCGUUAAUUUGUCAUAAUCGCUGCAGUUCUCAUUUGGCCUUAUUUUUCGAAAAAAACAAAAACUCAAUUGAAAUUAUUGAAUUCAGCGUGUCAAUGUCGAAGCAUAUUUCAUAUACAUAUAGUUCUUAGUCCACACAAUCGAACGAUGGGCGCCUUGAGCACCUCCCGAAAGGGGCGUGGCCGAUGCCCAACAUAUCUGAAUCGAAGUUCAUUACGUACAGUUAGUUGAUAUGUAACCUAAGUGCCUACAUUUAAAAUAAUCGUAAACGAACAUAAUAAAUAUAUCUUUACAUUAUAUUAAAUCGAUAGAUAAGUAUAAGCGAAAAUUUAAAAUCAAUAAAUGUUGCUUCAAUGUAAAACGAA